UGGCCGACACUAGAGGCUUUAUCUGCCGCUGGGUCCUCGUCUUGUUUUGGUUAGCUGGAUGUUAGCCCAUGCUUUCUGCUCUAGCCGGUUGUAACGGUGAUGGCUCUCCCAUGAGGCGGGGGACCGGGACUGUGUUUUUGGAUUAAACGUCAAAGGAAGUACCGCAGCCAUGGCAGGGGUUUUCGACAUCGAUUUGGAUCAACCGGAUGAGAACGUCUCUGACGACGAACUUGAGGACGGGGGCCAGCUCAGUGAAUACAUGGACCAGUGCAGUGGCUUUGAAUUUAACAUGGAUGACUGUGAGAAGUUUGAAAUUUCAGAGAACAGCGUAAACAAGGGAACAGAGCAGAUCAGGCCUGAGUGCUUUGAGCUGUUAAAAGUGUUGGGAAAGGGUGGCUAUGGAAAGGUGUUUCAGGUUCGGAAGGUAUCGGGUGCCACCUCCGGAAAGAUAUUUGCCAUGAAGGUUUUGAAGAAGGCGAUGAUUGUGCGUAAUGCAAAGGACACGGCGCACACUAAAGCUGAGAGGAACAUUCUGGAGGAGGUGAAGCACCCGUUCAUUGUGGACCUCAUCUAUGCCUUCCAGACGGGGGGAAAGCUCUACCUUAUCCUGGAGUAUCUGAGCGGAGGGGAGCUGUUUAUGCAGCUGGAAAGAGAGGGCAUCUUCAUGGAAGACACAGCAUGUUUCUACCUGGCUGAGAUCUCCAUGGCGAUGGGUCACUUGCACCAGAAAGGCAUCAUCUACAGAGACCUGAAGCCUGAGAACAUCAUGCUCAACAACAACGGACACGUGAAGUUGACAGACUUUGGUCUAUGCAAAGAGUCCAUCCAUGACGGCACAGUCACCCACACCUUCUGCGGCACUAUUGAGUACAUGGCUCCAGAGAUCCUGAUGAGGAGCGGACACAACCGAGCAGUGGACUGGUGGAGUUUAGGCGCUCUUAUGUAUGACAUGCUGACAGGAGCACCUCCAUUCACUGGUGAAAACCGAAAGAAGACGAUAGACAAAAUCUUAAAAUGCAAGCUCAGCCUUCCACCUUACCUCACACAAGAAGCCAGGGACCUGCUGAAAAAGCUGCUAAAACGAAAUGCCUCGUUGCGACUUGGGGCUGGACAGGGAGAUGCUGCUGAAGUCCAGGCCCACCCAUUCUUCCGGCAAAUAAACUGGGACGAUCUUCUCGCUCGCAAAGUAGAGCCUCCAUUCAAACCCUACCUGCAAUCGGCGGAUGAUGUCAGCCAGUUUGACUCCAAGUUCACCAGCCAGACUCCGGUGGACAGCCCCGACGACUCCACGCUCAGCGAGAGCGCAAAUCAAGCCUUCCUGGGUUUCACGUACGUAGCUCCAUCUGUGCUGGAACAUGUCAAAGAGAAGUUCUCUUUCGAGCCAAAGGUGCGCUCGCCAAGGAAGUUCCCAGGAAGCCCCCGAACACCUGUGAGUCCGUUGAAGUUUGUGGGAGGGGACUGCUGGCCCCGGGGCCCCCCGCUGAGCGGCCGCCCUGUGGAGCAGCCCAUGGAGGAGUCAGCAGCGGAGCAGAUGGACACGUGCAGCGGUGGCUCCUCCGAGGUGUCUGCGCCGCUUCCCAUCAGGCAGCCUUCAGGCCGCAACGCAGGGCCGUACAAAAAGCAGACCUACCCCAUGAACUCCAAACGGCCCGAACACCUACGGAUGAACCUAUGACGCACGGCUCUCCUACGGACUUCCUCUUCCCUUUUGUUGAUUUGUUCAGAGACUUGUAGAAUUUCUUUUUUUAAUUGACUGACACUGUCUGUGCUGAUCACCAGCUCUUCCACGAGCGCCUUCCUGUCCUGCCUCCGCCUGAUCAUCUACAGCUGAAGAUGAGUGGUCAGUCGGGGAAGUUGUGUGAGAGUUGGCUGGGUAAUGCCUGCUGAUGAGUGCUGAGGGGGCGUUAUCAUAUGAUUUACUGGUGCUCUUUUAUCCUUAAGUCUGGACAAAGUUACUUUUAGUGUUAACGACUCAUUGUCUCUAGAGAAUUUAGUAAGAAGGGGCUUUUUCUCUCCCUUAAUAGGCUUCUUUUUUUUUAUAGCAGUCAUCACUUGCAGGUUGCACUAUCUGUAGGUCGAGUCAUCUUCAGAUACCGAUUCCUCACUGAACACACUAUUCCUUUUGUUUGAGGAAAACAAUCACAAUGCCUUUGCUCUGGAGCAUGUGGUCAGGAGUAGGCGGAGCACGUAUAACAGAAAAGCAGCUAUAAAAAGACGACUGAAAUGUCAGCUGGAAACAUCACUUCCACCCCAAUCAAUGCUGGCGCUGCUUUAGUCCUCUGACUGGAAAGCUUUCCGCUGAGGCCUGACCAGAAGCACUGUUCAGUUUCUGUUGUUUUGAAUGUUAACAAACUAAAUGCCUUUCUGCAUUAAUGACCUGCCCUUAGCUCGAAUGACGCCUGCAGCAUUAUGUUUUAAUUGAUCUAUUCCGUCAGUUGGACCCAGAAAUAGGCGAAGGCAAACUGAUAUCACCGAGUUUUAUCGAUUCAGGCUGUCUUCAUGUUCAUGUGCUCCGGGUGUUAAAUGUUUGCUUUCUGUUAGGGCUGUACCGAAUAGUACGAAGCAUCGAAACGUAGGCAUUCAAAUGAAAAAGCAACGUUCAGUAUCUUUUGUAUUUUUUAUUCCAUUCAUCCUGUUUAAAAACAGUAGUUUUGCACAUAAAGAUUAGACUAAAUUAAUGUUAUUAGUAUUGUACCAUUGGUAGAUGCCAGUUGUGGCUGGGUCGGAUGUAUUUUGACUGAUCUAAACAUUCCAAAUAACUACACAAGUCAAAAUGUAUUGCAGUAUCUAUAAAACAUGUUGUCUAACAGAGUCAUACAUUGCAUUUAUAUAACCACAAUAACACAAAUUGAUUUCUGCCCAAACACUAUUAUACUAGAUCACUUUAAUGGGUCAUAUGUCAUUGCAUUCGCUUGACACUCGUCUGUCGAAAAAAUGGCUUCCUAUCAACAACAUUCGGUACAGCCCUAUUCUUUGGUGGUAGGGGGAUUAACUCUGAUUUAGGGAGCAGACCAUCUAUUAACCCCUGAGGUGUAAUAUCUGCUAGAGUAGAGCUUCUUGCUGUUCAAAGCUUCUCUGCAGAUUCCCAAGAGGAAGAUGUAGUGGAUGAACACUGGCUUCAGUUUUUGAAUGGCUCCCUGUGUUAUCCAAAUACUUUAGUGAUUGACCAAAAGCACUGUUACAAUGAACCAAAUGAUUUUGAAAUGAGAACAUCAAAGCUCAAACUCAUAUUGGAUCAGAUUUAUUUCCAUGUUGAUGCUCACAAAAGAAGUUUAUUUUGUAUUUGUGUGUAACCUAGCUGAAGAUAGCAUAGAUCCAGUUUCUAGAUUGGGUCAGUCAGUGUCUAUUGGUUUUUAUUCUUUCACCAGUCACUCCACUUUUAACUCUACUAACUUCCUUUACUUGUGAUAUUUAUUUUUAAGUGCCAUUUUGUUUCUACUGCAUUGGUCACACUAUGCAAACUAUGUAUUUAUUAUGUAGUAGUAUUUAGAUAAGGCAGCAGAUUGUGUGAUUGAUUUGACAUCUGGCUUUAUACUUCACCCAUAAGCAUGUAAAGUAUGGUUUUAUUUCCACAGAACAUGCUUAAAGCUGUUGAUUUUAUUUCCACAGAACAUGCUUAAAGCUGUUGAUUUUAUUUCCACAGAACAUGCUUAAAGCUGUUUUAUUUUCAUUCCAACAUAUAGGACAGUGACCUAUUCCUAUAGGUAUUUAUUGGGGGACACAAUGUCUUAAAACUUUCCUGCUGAAAACUUGAACUUUUUAUUUUUGCAGUGCUUAAAGCAAGAAAAACACUGAUGCAAAACCGAGGAUGUUCAUCUGAGUGCGAGUAGAUUGAAUGAAAGAGUUUGGGAAAUGAACAAGGAUACACUGCUGCUGUGCAGGUAUACCUGAGUGUCCUCCACACAGAUGAUGGAACGGCUUACUUCAGGUGGGAAACACACAUUUUGAAUAAAAUCACCAGUGGGAAUUAAAUAACAUGAUGUUGCUUGUUCUUCUCUAGAUCUGCCCCUUCACAUGGGGAUUGAUAAGUUGUAAUAUGUAUGAAGUCAAAUCAAAUAAAUAGUCUGAGCCGU